UUUUGCGCACCAGUUGAAAGUUUGUUCUCGUCCGAGUAGGACGAAUCUUAAUCUCUUAGUUCACCUCAAAAUGGAGCCAUUUGAUCUCCCGAUGUCCUCUUCGUUUAUGGAACCUUUAGCGAAUGUUCGUGACCCAUACAAAGCAUCGUAUGUCCCCGACAUGGCCUUCAAACCACACAACGGUGAGUCACCGCUAAAUAAUCUACAACCACUGUACCUAGAUCAGAACAAUUUCGCUCAAAGUAGUAGUCAGGCAUUGGAUGAUGUUUCCUCGCAUAGCACGGGCUUUGGGUCGACGGGAAAUAUUUACACAUGUGCUCCAGGUUUGGACCACCGGCUGUUCUCACCGCAGUCACAAACAGUUCCUCAUCCACUGUCCGCCGAUUCAACAAGUGUACUAUACAGCCGGGAUUCAACACGGCACGACAGCGAGAAAAACGAUCUCUCCCCUGCAGCAUUGGAUCCUAACAUUGCCUUCCCAAACCACCAACUUGGAGCAACCCAAUUCCCUCGACCUCGCUUCCCAGGCGAUCAAAGCGAUGCAUACUCAUUCACGGAACAUCCACCGUACACACAGAAUCCAUUUGUUUACUUCCAACCAACUCCUCCCCGAAUUAAAGAGACCACGUAUCAGUCAUCGUACAGCCAGUUAUACCCUACAGCGAAUCGUCCAUUUUCAAAUGUAAUUUGCGACCCUAUGCACGAUUAUCAUUUCCCUGUCGGUGAUGUAUUUCCAAGUUCACCUUCGACACGUCGACUUAGCGGAGUUGGUCCGCCCGGACACGAGUCCAAAUCAAGGCAAUGUUUAACCUCAGCCGAUGCGGUAGACGUAGAAGGGGUCGACGAUUCGUGUCGGUGUAAAAACACAGUCGAAGGAACGAAAACCUCAGUCCGACGAUUUCGAAAAUGGUAUAAAGACAAGUUCGGAAAGAAUCUUGACAUGAACCGUGUUGACAGAAGCAUGGCAAUUUCGUUACUGAAAGACUUUUUUCUCGAGAUACGCGAUACGCGACCAGGCAAAGAAGGUAAUGAAUACGAACCGGUGACUUUAACAACUUAUCGAAACGGGCUACGUCGAUAUUUCUUAGAGAGAAAAGUCCCCCCAGCGCCGGACAACUUCGACCUGGCAGACAAGGAAUUUGACAUAGUGAACUAUCAUUUGAUCACGAAGAGAAACGAACUGAAACGAAACGGCAAAGGAAAUCAUCCUAACGUCGUAGAAAGCAUCACAGAAGAACAACUCGAGAAAAUGUGGGCUUCAGGAGCUAUCGGGACACACAGUCCGCGAGCUUUAUUGCGUUUGCAAUGGUGGUUGAACACGAUACACCACGGAAUACGAGGUAGAAUGGCACAUCAUGAUCUUAAUAUAGAGGACUUUCAAAUCUCGCGCUCUAUGGAAGGAAAACUGUGUAUUGAGCAUAUCAAAAACACAGCAAAACGAAAGCUUUCAGUCGAAAAUGAUAACGACUACACGCGGAACAAGCGAAAAUGCAAGGCUCGAAUGAUCGCGACAGACGGAACCGAGCGUGAUCCCGUGCGAGCUUUUGAAGUUUACCUCAAGCAUCGUCCGCCAGGAAUUUCAUCUUUCUACCUCACUCCAAAGCAUAAACCAAAAGGAGAUAUUUGGUUCAACAAGGUUCCGAUGGGAAAAAAUAGUAUCGGUAGAAUAAUGCGCGAAAUAAAGGCUGUUGCUGGUAUAAAUUGAGCAAGCGGCAUAUGAAAAACAUUCAGUUAUUAAACAGACAAAGAAAUACUCAGUUCUAUCGGCUCUUUGGCUGAAAGCUGUAUAAAACUCUUUAGGUAUAGUUCUGAAAAGAGUUAAAUAGAUGGUAUAUAUUUAUUCGUAAAGGAGACGAACUCUUUGAAAAAAUCGAGUCGAACUCAUAUAUCUAGAUAAUACGAAGGCUAAACAUCUCAGCUACAAGGUUCGCGAUCAUUAUUUUCUUAUGUAUAAUUGUGGUAAUCACAUAUUUUAUAGCUACUUGGGGUAAUAGAUUCAUAUAUAUGUUAUAGCAUAGCUUAAUUUUGAAGCUAAUGAAACGUGCAGUCGCUAAUGGGACAUGUCUUUAUAAAAACGGUAGAUUUUAUCUCUUGUGCCGAAUGUACAAAAACGCGAGAGUCUUUUGUUAACACCACCCGAUAAGGAUUGAACAGAGAAGUAAAGUAGAACAUCCAAUAUGUCUCACGUACAUAACCGAGAAAAAGCAUAAGUAAAAGUUAAUUUUAAACGAGAUAUUUCCAUAUACGAAAUUGCAUUUAAUGCAACGACACUUGUUUUGGAUAGUUUGGGAAAUCUCAAAGACUAAAUUCACAUAUAAAAAGGAACUCGCUUUUUUGUACUGGAUGCUUUACACAUGUACAAAAGCCAAGAAUUGUUCAUAUAUCUCAGUAAUGUAGGGUUUGCAAUACAAACUAUAAACACACGAUUACAUAUGAGGGACUAUAUAUAUAUAUAUUAUAUAUUAUAUGUACAUAAAAUAUAUAGAUAUAUGAACAUUGGCAUCAGUGUAAUUCCAUCUAUUGUUGUAUUAUAUAUUUAGACAAAAGCUAGGCGAAAUAAUUGUAAAUAGAACAAAGGAACGAAGAUAUUAUUAAU